AGUGCCAACAGUAUGCCUAAACAAGUUGAGGUGAGGAUGCACGAGAGUCACCUGGAGCCCAUUGAGGCCAGGCCUCAGUCCAAAUGUGCCCAAAUCUGCUCCAAGCUGUUCAAGAACCUUCUGCUCACGCUCACCAUCCUCGGUGUGAUCUUGGGAGCUGUAUCAGGGAUGCUGCUUCGUGUCGCCUCCCCGAUCCACCCAGAUAUCGUCAUGGUGAUUGCUUUUCCCGGUGACAUCCUGAUGAGGAUGCUAAAGAUGUUGAUCCUGCCACUCAUCAUCUCCAGUUUAAUCACAGGUCUGGCUGGCUUGGAUGCCAAAUCCAGCGGUCGCCUUGGAACCAGAGCUAUGGUCUACUACAUGUCCACCACUAUUAUUGCUGCUGUCCUGGGAGUCAUCCUGGUGUUAGUCAUCCACCCUGGCAACCCCAAACUGAAGGAGAAUCUGGGCCAGGGCGAGAAAAACGAUGAGGUGUCCAGUUUGGAUGCCUUCUUCGAUCUGAUCAGGAACCUCUUCCCAGAGAACCUGGUGCAGGCUUGUUUCCAACAGAUCCAGACCGUCACGAAGAAGGUGGAGGUGAUUAUCGAGGAGGAUGUCAAUACAACGGCUGUAGAAGGCUUGUUGGCUAACAUUACCAAGGAGCCUCAGUUCAUCGUCACAAAGUCCCUUCAGUUCAAAAGUGGCAUGAAUGUUCUCGGUAUGAUUGGCUUCUUUAUUGCAUUUGGCAUCUGCAUGGGCAAGAUGGGCGAGAAGGCCAGACUCAUGCUUGAAUUCUUCAACAUCCUCAAUGAGAUUGUGAUGAAACUUGUCAUCUGUAUCAUGUGGUACUCUCCCUUUGGUAUUGCCUGUCUUAUUUGUGGUAAGAUCAUCUCCAUCAAGGACCUGGAGGUGGUGGGCAGGCAGCUGGGCAUGUACAUGGUGACUGUGAUUGUUGGCCUCAUAAUCCACGGAGCAAUCUUCCUGCCCAGCAUCUACUUUGUUAUUGUCAGGAAAAACCCCUUCACCUUCUUCCUGGGGAUCUUCCAGGCCUGGAUCACUGCCCUGGGGACAGCCUCCAGUGCUGGUACACUGCCUGUCACCUUCCGUUGUCUGGAGGAGAACUUAGGUAUUGACAAAAGAGUCACUCGUUUUGUCCUCCCAGUCGGUGCCACCAUCAACAUGGACGGAACUGCUCUGUAUGAGGCGGUUGCAGCCAUCUUCAUUGCCCAAAUGAACGGCAUCCACCUUGACCCUGGUCAGAUUAUCACCGUCAGUCUUACAGCCACCCUGGCCAGUGUUGGAGCUGCCAGUAUUCCAAGUGCUGGCCUGGUGACUAUGCUCUUGAUCCUGACCGCUGUAGGCCUACCAACCCAAGACAUCAGUCUGCUGGUUGCUGUUGACUGGCUGCUCGAUCGAUUCAGGACCUCAGUGAACGUGGUGGGUGACUCCUACGGUGCAGGCAUCGUGUACCACUUGUCCAAGGCUGAGCUUGAGGAGCUGGACGCGCACGCGGCCAAAUCCGACGACAUUGAAAUGAUGUCGAAGACCCAGUCUUAUUACGAUGACAUGAAGAACCACCACGAAAACAAUUCCAACCAGUGCGUCUUAACCACUACCGCUACCGCAACCUCUAGUGCCACUGCUAACAAUUCUGUCGUAGUAGAUGAAUGCAAGGUAACCUCAGCCACUAACGGCUCUGCUGCGGAGUGCACGCUUGUUGAGGAGGGACCAUGGAAACAUGAAUAA